AAGGGCUGAUGUGACGUGUAACAUGGCACAGCUGCUUGAAAUGCCAUAUGGAAGGUCACACCACCCCUAACUUUACACCUCUGGGGGAACAAAUGAAAUUAGAGGAGGGUUCUGCUUUGUCCCUGUACUGUGAUGAAGAUGCUCUUUGUUCUUCCAGCUUGGGGAAGAGAGAGAGGACCAACACUAGCACCCAGCAGCAUCAGCAUCCCAUAAAACCCUGCAGCAGGUUGGUAGGGAAGCGGAUGGACUCCCUUGGCAGUCAGCUGGACCCUGACUUCUCACAGCAAGACACACCUUGUCUUAUAGUUGAGGAUUCACAACCUGGAAGUGGGGGGACAGAAGAUGAUUUGGAACGAGCACGCUUUGGCUUGUUAGCACAACAUCUGCCUACUCAAGUUGAAAGCCCUGUGCUGGAGUUUGUGCCUGGUUGUCAAAGCAGUAGGCAUACAGCUGGAGAGAAUGUCGACCUCAGCGAGGCUUCAAAGGAAAACAACUUGGAGUUCACUAAAACAUUGCACACAUCGACUGGUGAUGGUCCUUUUAGCCAAGUGAUUGAACGUAUUUCUUGUCAGAGCAAAAUCGGCAGUGAUUUGAAACGUGGGGAUAUUGGAGAACAUGAAGAUGGUGCUGAAUGUACUACACAGUCCCUGCAGGCCGAAGAUUCUGGUACAUCGCAGCUGGCAUUUGGUGCUUUGGAGCUGUCACAAAGCCAGGACUUAGAGGGUCUCAGCACACUUGAUGACAGCUGCAAGCUCUUGCCACCACCCACAAAAUCCACUGUACCUCAGACAGCUGAAUGUAACAAAGACAAUGAAUUCCUUCACUCAUGUCCUGAGACCUUUGCAAAGAGGAAGCCUACCGAGGACAGCCAAGAUAAAGAAUCUAAAAGGAAACUGGAAGACGUUUUGACAAAAGCGGAUUCUUCAUGUGAACCAUGUGGCGUUAAAAUGGAAACGGUUGUAAAACUAGAUACUGAUGACUGUCAUGAAAAAGAAUCCAGUGAAGAAGAGCCAAGCAGCCAAGAUUUUCAGUCUGAACAAGCUAAAUGCAGUCCAGAACCAGAAGUCCAAGACAAGGAUUCCUCUGAUAUUGCCUCAACUCAAGAAGAUAUGUUUGGUCAGCCCAGUAUUUCAGAUUCGCAAAAAAGUCCAUUGACCAAGAUUGUAUCCACCCCUGCCGCUACUUUGCAUUUGUUGCAUCUUUCUGGACAAGAAGGCCUUACAGCUGAAAAUAUUUUAGAAAGUUCCUCAGACCUGGUUUCUCCUUUCCCAGAUGCUAUCCAACCUACCCCUAUCAUCAUCCCCAGCUCCCCAACCGAAAAGGAGACGACAGAAGAUGAGACCAUGCAGAAUGCUGAACCAUCAAAAGAUGCUGAACCAGAAGUCUGUGCAUCAGAGAAAUCCCUGGACUCGAAAGAUCAUGCGUUCUUAGUAGUGCCUCAGGCUUCAACUCCAGUGUGCCAAAUUACUCCAGCAUUUGUUCCAGGGUCAUUUGUUGUACCUUCGCAGCCACAAUUUUCCCAUGAUGUUUUUAUGCCAACCCCAAGCCUUGAAGAAUCCAGAGAAGAAAUUGCUCCUCACACUGUUACAAAGGGCCUAGAAAGCCUGAAGCCUCCAGAGUUGAUGGCAGAAAUUGCAGAAUUAGACUCCACAAUGUCUCAAGCUGACACAGGUGAUGAGUGUAAAUUGUUGCUCUCUACCAGUGAACCUAGUGAGCUAAUGGAAACAGAUGUUGGCAAUUCAAAAAAUUCAGAGGAUGACCGCAAAGACACACAGAUUGAAAUUUUGGAACAGUCAUUUUGUCAGUCAAGGAGUUCAGUGGAUGGUCCUGCUUCAGGAAAUCUUGAAGACAAAGGCUUAACUUCUGGAAUACCCACAGGGCAAGUUAUAGAAGAAUCUUCUGUUGGUAAUGAAAAAAUUACAAUGGAGGAUUCUACAACCAAAGGUGAAACCGAAAUUGAAAAAAAGACUGCUGAUUGUACUCCUCUCACAAAUGAUUCUGGAAGACAAGAACUCAUGGACACAUCUUUACAGUCAGACACUUCUUUAAGUAUUCUUGAUCAAGAUGCACCUGAAGAGAAAUCAAGCACAGCUGUUGAAAGUCUGUCUGACUUAUCAUCUGUGGAUGAAGUCCCUGAAACUCCAUGUGAAAAGGAUAUUGAAGACCGCAAGUCAACCGAGGAUGAGCAAUUGAUGAGAGAAGGGGCUAACCUGAAUCUUGUACUCUCAGAGACCCAGACUCAACGUUUCUGUCAUGAUGAAAUGGAAUCCUCACAGAAAGAAGAGGAGGAUACAAUGGAAUUUGAAUUAAGUACAACUUCUAAAGUAAGUGGACAGAAACCACUUUGCGAGCAAUCCCAAAAACUGACAUGUCAGGACCUAGAAAUCCAGAAGUUGGGAGAUUCUGAAGUGCCUGACCUGACUUGUGAAGUCCUAACAGUAAAGGACCAGAAAAAGACUACACUAGGUAUUACUUGCAUUUCCUUACAAGUUGAUACAACUGCAUGUCAAGAGUUGUCAGUAGACUCUGGGAGGGACCAUUCAGAAAGUAAUCAGCAAAGUGAACAUACUGGGAAGGACAUCUCUCUAAAAAGUACUUUGGAGGAACCAAAUCAGAAUUGUAAGUUGGAUGACUUAAAGACUGAUUUUAAGGAGAAUCUUGUGCCUGUAGCAUAUGAUUGUAGCAAUCCAGUGUUAACGCUAAAAUCUUUGCAUCAGAUCUCUGACCUUCCAGCAGAUGAUGCGGCACCGAAUGUAAAACCUGUAGGUGAAAACCCUGAUGAAGAGAAUAAGGCUAAAGAGGCUGAGGAGCAUGUUGAAUCUUUGAAAGCUGAGAAGAAUUUGCCACAAUUGUCUGUAACAGAAAAAGAACAAUCUGAUGAGGUAAUUCUGGUAGACAAAGCUGAUGUAGGCUUAUUGCAAACCGAAAGUCUUCGAUUGCCAGUGCCUCCAGAAAAUAAAGAAUGUAAAAUUAAAGCAUUCAAGGAAAACUUGAUUUCCGUUCAUCCUGUGGAUGAAGUUAUGACUGUAAAUCAGACUGAAAAUCAAUCUCAACAUAUUCUGAAGGAAAAAGAAACUGAUGUGUUAAAGAAACCAUUAAAGGGUGAUCAUCAAUCAGAUGAUAUUGCGGAAAAGAAUACCAAAAUGGAUCUCCUAGAAAAUAAAACAUCUAGCAUGUUAAAGAAUGAGGAGCCUGACCUAGUGGUGGUUGAAGGAACUGAAAAUCCGUCCGUAAUUGUUGAUGAUAGCUGUGCAAAAGACAUGGCUGAUUCUAGGCAAAAGAGACCUCCAGAACUACCAGUAGAAGAAUUGUUGGCUCCUGAGCCAAAGAAGCUUCGGGGAAACCAGGACAAUGAGGUGAUUGAGUCUAUGAAAAGAAGUAAACCUGCCAUGAUUAGUGAUGACGUUUUAAUUGUAAGUGAUCAGCAGAAAGACGUAAAGGACAGUCUUGAUCCAGUGAUACCCGAAAAAGUGGAGCUUCCUUCAACAGUCAAAGAUGAUGAUGUCCCAAAAACACUCCAUCAUGAAUCUCCCAAGGAAGUGGUUGAUUUAUCAAUGGACAUAUCUGAAGAAGAAGCCCAUGGCACAAAUACUGAUUUUCAGGAAAAAACUGUAGAGCAAAGCACUCGUAGCCUUUGUGAAAGCUCCAAUGAAACACCAUUUCACUUCACUUUGCCAAAAGAAGGUGACUUAAUUCAGCCAAUAAGCAGUGUUACUCCACCUAUGAUUGGCCAGUUAAAACGUGGUCCAAGACGGCACAGCACUCCCAUACUUCUUGGAAGCUGUCCAGACAGUACCUUGGCAACCAGUGAUGUCUCCGCUGAGAGCACUAUGGCGACCAAUAAUGUUACAGUUGAGAGUGCCAUGGUCACAACAGAUGUAUCUGAGGAAAGUGAGAAAAUAAAUACCGGGCCUGCCUCUGAUACAGAUGGAAAGCUUUGCCUCCGAACAAAACUCAUAACUCCUGUAAAUGAAGAGAGUGAGGAGGCACCACAGUUUAAUCUGGAAAAGCCUAGUGGUACCGAGAGGACAAACGGAACUGCUACAGUUGCUGCACUUGUUGCCAGUGCAGAACAGUCUCCAUCUGUUUUUGUACGUGUAUGUGAAGUUCGACGGGAAGAAGAAGAAACCAGAGGUGAAAAUAUGCCUACUACACCCAUCAGAGGAAAUGUAUUCCAGUUUCCAAAUUCAGAAAAGAAUGAACCUGUGUCUGUAGGUGAAACAUGUGAUCAGAGCAUAGGUUUCCAAAACAAGCCAGAAGAGUCAAUUCAAGAGCUCUCCUGUGAUCAGGACAUGGAUGUCAUGGAAACAGAAGCCUCCCAGGAGGAAAGAGACUUUCAUGUUCAAGCAAAAGAGAGCAACCAGCUUGAAGUUGUUGAUACAAAAUCAUCUAAGCAACAAUCAAAUGAGGAGUGCACAUCACCAGGUCAUAGAGAUAAAGAAGUUCAGACGGUUAGUGAUGUAAAACCUACAUCAUCUGUCGUGUCAUCAUCUACCCAGACCGACAUGAUGUCCAGCCUACGUUUUGAGAAAACUGGAAGUGAUGCUAGACGAAGAAACCUGAAAGAUGCCAACAAGCCGACUGAGAAGGACCAUGAGAAAUCAAAACAAGGAGAUGACACGGAAUCCGUUCACAGCCAGGAAGAGGAGGACUUUGAAUUAAAUCAUCCAAUGCCAGCACGCCAUCUCCAACGCCAUGUGCGCACAAUCCGUGAAGUCCGUACUGUUGUCACAAGAGUUAUUACAGAUGUUUAUUACAUGGAUGGAGCAGAGGUGGAGCGAAAGGUAGUGGAGGAAGCUGAAGAACCAGUAAUUGAAUGCCAGGAGUUUGAGAAUGAAGUAUCACCAUCUAGAACUGUUGCCUCUUCUCUUACCUCUGGGGAUCUUGCAGACAUUAGCUCAUUUUCGUCAAAAACAUCAAGCCUUCAACGCACAUCUAGUGGGGCAAGUAGUGGCCUCUCUGCAGCACAAAGCAUUAGUGGAAGCAGCUCGGAUCGUGCUAGAACCUCUGCUUGGCAGAAAGGGAAAACCGGACAGCUGGAACCUAAAGAGUUUGCCAUUCCAAGUGCGCGUGGGGCAGCAGGAAAACUGAGUCCUAGGAAAGUGCCCAGCCAGCCAGGGUCUCCACACCGGACAGGAGGACACACUGGUUUGCCAGUGAGUGAAGAUGAUGCAGAUGCAUCGCUUGGCAACAGACCAGGGGCCAAAGCGCCCCUUACACCCCGUGGAAGAGGGAGGAGGGGCCGCCCUCCUUCUCGUGGAGCUGGUUCAAGAGAAACGUCUGUCCACGCACAUGGAAAUCCCGAAGAUCUCACUGCAGCCGCAGUUCCAGAUGAAGAAUUUUUUACACGCAUUAAUGUUCGCCACCCAGAAGUCACUGAUAAAUCUGAUUCUAUAACAUCCAUAAUGCGCCGUAGUGAUUCCCCAGAAAUUCCAUACCAGACACCAUCAACCAAGAGUGACAGUUUGGACUCUUCAUCAGGCAGCAGUUUUGUGGGGCUACGAGUUGUAGCCAAAUGGUCCUCUAAUGGCUACUUUUAUUCUGGCAAAAUAACUCGAGACGUUGGAGGAGGGAAAUAUAAGUUGCUGUUCGAUGAUGGGUAUGAGUGCGACGUUCUAGGGAAAGACAUUUUGUUAUGCGACCCAAUCCCCCUGGACACUGAGGUUACCGCUCUGUCUGAAGAUGAAUAUUUUAGCGCAGGGGUGGUAAAAGCUCACAAAAGAGAUUCAGGAGAGCUUUAUUACUGUAUCGAGAAAGAAGGACAAAGGAAGUGGUACAAAAGGAUGGCAGUUAUUUUGUCCCUUGAGCAAGGAAAUCGUCUAAGAGAGCAAUUUGGUCUUGGUCCAUAUGAACCUUCAACUCCACUCACCAAGGCAUCAGACAUCAGUCUAGAUAACUUGGUGGAGGGGAAGAGGAAGAGGAGGAGUAAUCUAAGUGCUGCAGUCACUCCAACGACUUCAAGUACAUCAAGCACCAGCACCCCGACACGUAAAACUUCAGAGAAUCCACGCAGCUCUUUGGUUCCCUUGUCUGGGAAGCGCAAGCUUAUCAGCUCAGACGAUGAGAAAUCCCCAUCAAAACGCGGCCGUAAAUCUGUGUUGGCAAAAUCAAUAUGGAUUCCCCCUCUGCCUCUGCAAGAUCCCUCUCUAGAAAACAUAGGUGCAGCUAAAGGAGGUGAAUUUAUGAGCCCUAAUGAAAGUGGAGAUAAUGCCGGUGAUGAAAUGGCCCUUGAAGAAACCCAUGGACCUAUACCUCAGAAUAAAACUCUCUUCCUUGGCUAUGCUUUCCUUCUUUCUGCGUCUACAUCGAGUGAUAAACUCCAGAAUCGACACAAAUCACAGCAAAUUCCCUCCAUCAGCAGUGAAGAAGAGGAAGAAUAUAUUGAGAGCAUGCCAUAUGACAGGAGAUAUACUGAGGAACAGCUUCAGGCAGGCGGAGGUUACAUUUUGGAAAAAUUCAAUGAAGCACAGUGUAAUGCUGCAUAUCAAUGCCUGUUGAUAGCAGACCAGCACUGCCGAACCCAAAAGUAUUUCCUGUGCCUUGCCAGUGGAGUCCCCUGUGUGUCUCAUGUCUGGGUCAAUGACAGCUGUCAUGCUAAUGAGGUUCAAAACAUCCGUAACUAUCUCCUCCCUGCUGGAUAUAGCUUGCAAGAGGAUAAAAUAUUGGAAUGGCAUGAGUCUCGUCAUCCGUUCCAAGACUUGCGGUUUCUUGUGGUAUCUGACCAGAAAGAGAAUUUCCUGGAAAUGUGGUCUGAAAUAUUGAUGGUUGGAGGAGCAACAACUGUGAAACAGCACAAUUCUUCGGAAACUAACAAAGAUGUUGCACUGGGAGUUUUUGAUGUGGUGGUCACAGAUCGUUCAUGUCCAGAAUCCAUUUUAAAAUGUGCCCAGGCCUUGAAUCUUCCACUGGUUUCUCAAGAGUGGGUUAUCCAAUGUCUGAUAAAUGGGGAGAAGCUUGGUUAUCACACACAUCCGAAAUAUAACCAUGACUACGUUCCAAGCUAAGGGGUCGCCAUUGGAUAUCCCUCCCUUUUUAUCUUUCCUCCCCCUUUGCUGCUCCUUGCAUUGUGCAUACUGUGUUUUAAUGAAGUUUUAGGUAGUUUUAAAUGUUUUGUGUUGUUUACUCAACAUGUGCAUGUUCUCACUGUACAUACUUUUAUCGGCUGGACUUUUAUGAGAAAAAUAAAUUGAAUCUCCUUGUUUUAAGGAUA